AACAAACAAAACGUUCCAAUCUAAUUACCCUAGCAGCAGCGGCUACUAAAGGCGUAUUUCACUAAAGUACACAGUCAUGUCCUGACGAUACUACGCACGUGUGACAAACACUGGGCGGAUGGCCGCGGUACAAUUAGAAAAACAAACUGAGGUUAUGUUUACUCUUCAUUGAACAACUCUCAAUGGAAUACGCACAUAUAUAAAUACUUCCAUGGGACAAACAAAGAGCCAGUUCACCGUUGAGGAGCUGCAAGAUUACCAAGACCUGACUUACUUUACAAAGAAAGAAGUAUUGUACGCACAUCAGAAGUUCAAAGCAUUAGCUCCCGAAAAAGUGGGUCACAACAAAAACGCUAAACUAUCGAUGAGCAAAAUGUUGCAGUAUCCCGAGCUCAGUGUUAAUCCGUUCGGCGAACGCAUAUGCAAAGUAUUCAGCUCCAGCCAAGAUGGAGACUGUACGUUCGAGGAUUUCCUAGAUAUGAUGUCCGUUUUUUCACCCACGGCCCCAAAAUCCGUUAAGGCAGAGCACGCCUUUCGAAUUUUUGAUUUUGAUGGCGACGAUAUGCUGGGCGUGUCGGAUCUGAAGCAAGUCGUAAAUAAAUUGACGGGUGAAAAUAAGCUGAGCGAGGGGGAGAUGGGCAUGUUGUUGCACAACAUUUUGGAGGAAGCAGAUCUUGAUGACGACGGAUCUUUGUCUUUUGCCGAAUUUGAACAUAUAAUUGACAGAUCUUCAGAUUUUUUAAAUUCUUUUUGCAUACGUCUCUAGUAGGUA